ACCAGCUUCCUUCUCUUGACUCUUUCUUCCCUUUCCUCGCGAACCAGCAAAACCAAGAGAGCGAAAUCGCGUGUUGAUUAGACGACCAGACCGAAGCCAACGAAUUGGACAUCGAGAGGAGGAGGACGUCUCUAGACUCAGCCCACCGGACCAAGAGAGGAGAACGGUCAUCCUCGACGACGCCGCCGCCGCCGGCAAGGAGUUCGAUUUGUUGAGGGGAGUUUUGGAUGGGGGACCAUGUGGUGGUGAAUGUGGACGGUUUUGCGAACACCAAGGAUGAUGGCGUUGCUGAGAAGCCAUCUGAGGCUGUGUCGGUGGCUGUUGUUGAUAUGGCGGAGGAUGGUGGCGAGGAUGAGCCACUCAUCCAGGCUGCAGAGUGCCGCAUAUGCCAGGAAGAGGACAGUAUCAAGAAUCUCGAGAAGCCGUGUACGUGCAACGGCAGUCUGAAGUAUGCUCAUAGAGCGUGUGUGCAACGCUGGUGCAAUGAGAAAGGAGACAUUACAUGUGAAAUUUGCCAUGAGCAAUAUAAGCCUGGGUACACAGCACCACCACGUGUUCAACCAGAUGAGACCAGCAUAGAUAUAAGUGGGGAUUGGACCAUUACAGGAGCUCCUCUGGAUAUGCGCGACCCAAGAAUUCUUGCUGUAGCAGCUGCACAGCGUCGUCUUCUUGAAGCAGAGUACGACGAAUAUGGUGGUACUGAUGCUAAUGGUGCUGCAUUCUGUCGUUCUGCUGCACUCAUUCUAAUGGCCCUGUUGCUUCUAAGGCAUGCAUUGUCGAUCUCGGACAAUGAAGGAGAUGAUGACUCUUCUACCAUGUUCUCUCUUUUUCUUCUCCGAGCUGCUGGAUUUCUGCUGCCAUGCUAUAUAAUGGCAUGGAUCUUCAGCAUUUUGCAUCGCCGGCGACAAAGGGAGGAAGCGGCCUCAAUUGCCACGGCAGAGGUAGCAUUCAUCCUGCAAUCAGCCCAGGGCCGUGCCCUUCAGUUUACCAUCGCUCCAGACUCCCCAACCACCCCACAGCAUGAGCCACAGCAGCAGCAGCAAUAGCUAAACGACCCAGUAGUUCCACAAGUACUGGCACAAUGCGUGCUUGAAGAUGUAGGUCUGGGUGCAUAUUUUGUUGUUGGUGCUGGCUCCUCAGGAAUGCUAGGAAGCCUUCCUGUGGCCAGGUAAAAACCUCGUGUGGUGUCAGAGUUUUAUUUGUCUCGAGCAAUGUGACUAAACCUGUGUGUCUGAAUGUAAUUUAAGCAUUAUUUAAUGUAAAUUUAACAUCUAUUACCUUUACUAUUUUGGUGCAA